CUCCUUUUUGGUCUAGUCGUCUAGUCGACUUCCGUCAACAGUCAAUCUUACUAGUGCUCCGCAAUUAUUAUUUUUGAGACACUUCUCCGUAAUUUGUCAAGGCUCGAGCCUCGAGUUAAGUACUCCAGCCAAUAAUCCACUUCUCCACAUCGUUCUCUUAUCUUAUCCUCGCUGCGAUGACGCUAAGAAGGUCUCGACGGGGCGAGGAGCCAGAGUAUGGUCUCUAUGAAAAGCCCAAAAGACGGAGACAGAGACAGAAUAUACAGUCUGAACAACAACCUCACCAGGAACCCGAACAGCAGUCCAAGAAGCAGCCCGAGAAGCAGCCUGAACAGGAGCGCAACCGGGAACACCUUCGGCGCGAGCAGGUGCAGUCUUACAGAGAACCUUCGACAAUGUCGAACUUGUCUGGGUUCUCCGUUACCCUGGCUGAAGAUUGGGAAACUUUGAAGCGCAAUGCAAUAGAUCGUGUGCAAAGAUAUAUUCUCGGAGACCGCAGUCGGGAUAAGCUGCUAGUACCUGGAUUAUUGGCCUCCCUUGAGUUCCUUCCAGAGUUAGGAGCAAUAAACCUUACGCGGGAUAUCUUAAGUAUGGAUAAUGACGCGAGACUGCACGAUUAUUUCGAUUAUAUAUACCAAUCACUAUUCAUCCCAAUGAGAACUAAUCUAAAAAAAUCAAUUAUUCCUCAAUCCCCUAUCCCGCUGCAUCAAGAACAAGCGGAGAAAGUUACCUCGUAUCUAUCUUCUCCCGCUAGACGAGAACAAGAAAUAUAUGAGAAUACAUUGAAGAGAGAUGGUAGACGAUGUAUUAUCACCAGGUAUCUGCUUGCAAGUGAUUUCAGGAAUACCGGUGCCGAAGUACCUCCUGGAGAAGGCACGGUGGCGAAGCUAGAAGUGGCACAUAUCAUCCCCUUCCUUUAUGGGUCCUACAAAAAUCAAGAGCCUUCGGACAGGAACGCAAUGCAGCGUUGGAACUGCUUGUAUAACUGCUUCCCAGGACUUAACAAAAAGAUUCAUACGGACAAUAUAAAUGACCCGUCGAAUACUAUAACGUUAGCAGCCUUCAUUUAUGACGAGUUCGGAGACUUCCGCAUUGCACUAAGACCUACGGGCAACCAAGAUGAAUAUGAAGUGAAGGUAUAUCCUCUCUUCACUGAUCUUUUCUUGCCGGCAUUGCCGCAGAAUCGAAUCUUACAGCUUCGCGCCAGUCCUGGGUAUGAGCAUAUUAAGCUGCCAGAUCCGGACUUCUUGGAUGUGCACUACAGACUUGCAGAGAUAUUCCAUGCCAGCGGUAUAGGAUAUGAAAUCGAUAGAUAUAUCCAGGAUUUUGAAGAUCUUGCUUGCUUCGCAGAGGAUGGAUCCACAAAUGUGAACCAGCUCCUCACCGUCCGACUUGCUGCUACUGUCUCCUCCUGAGAAUAUCUCCUUGGUUUUCCCACCGACCUCACUGUCUGUAGGGCUUAGAUCGGGGAUGUAAUUGGGGAAGAGGGAUCGGAUCAUGUUAUUUUGGCGGUGUGUGGGUUUUAGAGAGUAUUUUCAUGAUACUGGGGAGGGCGUUCACGAGAUCCGGAAGGAGAAUAAUAGGAGACUGGAUUUGACUGAAUGUUUAUGGACUUGUAUGAGCUUAAUAAUAUCUAUCUGGUAAAUCAUUUGCGCAAAGGUAAUAGUAGCGACUCAUUUCUUGACUGAUAAUGAUGCGGAGUUUGUUUGAUGUUUAUUGCAAUUUUAUACUGUACACUUCGCCAAAUGUACGCAAUCGGCAUGCGUGCUUCAG